GUUCCACCAGAAAGGCGAAACUCCAAAAGCCCUAGAAAAGAGUACCCACCACGAUCGCGCGUUUGGCCGGAUCCUUCCAUCCACCGGCCGUCGAUCGAUCGAUCGAUCCAUCCCAUUCCCAUGGCUUCCUCCGAUGUUGACGAAAAGUAUCCUCCGCUGACUUACUACCCCGACAGAUACUGCGAGACCUGCCGGAGACUCGACAAGACGGAGAUGAAACCAAAGCCCGACGACGAAGAGUAUCUAUUGGAUGACGAAACUUUCUGCGACGAAACCCUAAGGCUACAUGUCAUCAACUACAGGAGGACCCAGUAUACGAGGAGUUAUUUCGAUAUUGAUUGCCCUCCAAAUUAUGGCGGCAUUGGUGGGCAACCACACCCGGGAAAGCAUUAUGCGAACGACAAGUAUUUUCAAGAUACGGUUCAGGACUGUGCUAGGUUCGCGGUGCAGAAAUGUAAUGAAGAAACCAAGGUGAAGGGGAUUGAUUUGGAGUUGGUGAAGGUUGAGAAUGUUACUGCUGAAGGUCCUAAUUGGAAGAGAUUUUACAUGACUCUCGCCUGCCGCAAUCGGGUUAAUGGUAAGCGGAAAGGGAUCUCUGAAGAAGCUGGUGGUGGGGAUACUACUAGUGAUGACUGUGUGGUUCAGAGCUACAAAGUUGUGGUUUCCUGUUGCUAUUGGAAAACGGAGCUGAAGAAGAUGCUGCUCUUCAACGACCCAAAUGGGAAACAUUUGUGGGAGCCGGCGGAUCCGUUUUGCGACCGAGUUAGCCAGCCAUAUUAUGGGGACGAAGUUGCUCUAGCUGGUGAUGGUUCAUUGAUGGUAGUCCGAUCUUCGGAGAAUAAAGCUUAGAGAUAGGAGGAAGAUCAAGUACCUAGUAGUGGUAGUAGUUUAAUAUGUUUAUUGUGUGUGGAACACAUUUGAUAUAUAUUUUAGGGUAAAUACAAUUUAGGGUUAAUGCCUUGACCCGAACUAUGCACCCUACUUCUUUGCUCUGUCGGAAGCGGGUUUUGACCGGCAAAUUCGACGGUCAACUCAAUUGACCGUUAGUCAAGCACCAUGUCACUUGCCACGUCAUCGAACCCGAAAUAAAAAAUUUGAAUUUAG